CAACUUCAUAUGAUUCAUGCCACAUAAACACACACACAAAUAACACAAUAGUACUACAACAUUGAGUUUUGUUGUUGUUGUUAUCUUUCCUUCAAUAUUUUCUCAAUUUCCACCUUCAAUGGAGAUACUUCGUUUACUAUGUGUUAUUAUUACUAGUAUGUUGUUAUUCUAUAGUCAAUCAAUCAAUGUGGAAGGAAGACAUCACAUUUCCAAGAAACAAAAGAGCAAAAGUGUUAGUAAUGCUCCUAGUCCUGUUGAUGUUCAUGUUAACGAACCAUCACCACCACUAUCACCAGCUUCUUCUCCUAGUAAUGUUAUUCCGUCGGACCCGAGUUACGGAGGCGGGCCUGCUCUGAAUUCUGACGAUAAUUGCAUUUUCGACGUGAUGGAGUAUGGAGCCAUCGGGGACGGCUCCACGGACGACACAGAUGCGUUCGUCGCGGUGAAAUGCGCGUGUCAAGUCGAAUCCGCUGUGGUUUUGGUUCCCGCGGACCGUACUUUCAUGAUCACUUCCACUAUUUUCUCUGGCCCUUGUAAGCCUGGACUCGAAUUUCGAGUAAAUGGGGUGCUAAUGCCACCAGAAGGACCGGAAUGUUGGCCUAAAGAAGAUAGUAACAAGCAAUGGCUUGUGUUUUACAGACUUGAUAAUAUGACUUUUACUGGUACUGGUACUAUUGAAGGUAAUGGUGAAAAAUGGUGGGAACUGCCCUGCAAACCUCACCGGGGACCUAAUGGCUCAACUUUACAUGGACCAUGUGACAGCCCUACUAUGAUAAGGUUUUUCAUGAGCUCGAAUUUGGUGGUGAGAGGUUUAAGAAUACAAAACAGUCCAAUGUUCCACAUGAAAUUUGAUGGGUGUGAAGGAGUAUUGAUAGACCAAUUGUCAAUUUCUUCACCUAAGCUUAGCCCAAACACUGAUGGAAUUCACAUUGAGAACACCAACUCUGUUGGAAUCUACAACUCCGUCAUAGCCAAUGGCGAUGAUUGCAUAUCAAUAGGACCUGGUAGUUCAAAUGUUGAGAUUGAAGCAGUCACAUGUGGGCCUAGUCACGGGAUCAGUAUUGGGAGCCUAGGAGUGCACCAUAGCCAGGCAUGUGUGUCAAACAUAACGGUCCGUAACGCCAUUAUACGAGACUCAGACAACGGAGUUCGGAUCAAGACAUGGCAAGGCGGGUCCGGAUCAGUAACAGGAUUUUUAUUCGACACAAUUCAGAUGGAAAACGUGCGAAACUGCAUAAUCAUAGAUCAAUACUACUGCAUGACAAAGGAGUGUCGGAAUGAGACGUCGGCCGUAUACGUGCGCGACAUCUCGUACAGGAACAUCAAGGGCACCUACGACGUGAGGAGCGCUCCUAUCCACUUUGCCUGUAGCGACACAAUCGCCUGCACCAAUAUUACAAUGUCCGAAGUUGAACUUCUCCCACAUGAAGGUGAGCUCGUGGAUGAUCCGUUCUGUUGGAACGCUUAUGGAACUCAACAGACGUUAACGAUACCUCCGAUUGAUUGCUUGCAAGAUGGAAUGCCACAGACAGUUGGAGAGGCUGUUGAAUAUACCUGCAGUACCUGAUGAUCGAUCAAUCGUUAGGAGUUCAGAAAUGUUAGUUAUAGCUGUAUUUUGUAUGUAAACUAUUUUUGUAGGUCAGUUUCAUAUAAAGUUUACUUACUGGCUAGGCUGGUUUCCAUCCCUAUUGGGGAUACUAUUUUGUACUAGCAGAUAUGGUCUAUUUUAAUGACCUAUCGUCUGUACUAGAUAGUGAAAUGUUUACCAAUAAAAUGAUUAGUUUAAAGAGGUUCUCUA